AUGAUGAAAUCUAACACAAUUGAAGACAAUCCUAUUGAGCAGAACCUACAGAUAGCUUCCAGAUUGGAUCCAGAUUUAAUACGAAUCCUGAAAGAUGCCAAUAUACUUAACAAUUUGGUGUUGAAGCAAUGCGAUCCCCGAAGCUUCCAAACAGUUGAUCGCGGGAAAUAUAAGAAUCAACAUGGGAAAAAAUUGGCUGAUCUUGUUGCAAGGGCAAAACAGCUUCUUCAUUUUCUCUUUCCAAAAUUCACCGCAAAUUCCGCACAAUUAUUCGAGUAUCUUGCCCAACCACUGUAA